GAGAGAUCGAAAACUAUAAAAUCGAAUAUCGUGAAUUCGAUUGUUUCGAUUAAUCGAUUAUUGAGAAGAAGGUAGUAAAAAAGCAGUGUGCAGUGGUUCGCAAAAGUGUUGUGUAUUUUUGAACAAAGAACAAAUUAAAAUGAGAUUAGAUUGGAAAUGAAUGAUGUCGACCAUACGGUGACAGGACUAGCCAGAUCGGCGGAAAACUACGUCACCAGUGACGGAUUCCCCCGAAACUGGGACAAAGUGCAGUGUACUCUGGCAUUGCGCUUUACCGGAAUCUCUCUCACUCCAUGUCCUAAUAUCCUCCCCCUCUUUUCCUCCUUCUCUCUCUUUCUCUUACUCUCAGGAUUGACCAAUCGUCUCGUCAUCCUCGAACCCUCGAUCGAAACUGACAGGUAAUUAACGACGAAUGGUGCAGGUUCAACAACACAGUAUUUGGAGGGUUCAAUAUCAUGUCAGAUGGGGUUGAUGCUGGCGGCGGGGAAAACGAGGUAGAUUCUCAUUCCUGUUCGCACGCCGAUGUUGGAGAAUCCUCAAAUCCAAGAGAUGAAGAGAACUUGGAUUUAGAUAAUGAAGCUGCCUUAAAUACUAAUUAUGAUAGUGGUGAUGGUGCUGUACCAGCUUUUAGGUGUGAAAGGUGUGAAAAUUAUGAGACUAUAAAUAAGACAGCAUUCUGCGCUCAUCAAGAUCAAUGUUUGGCUAAUGCUGAGCCAGGGGAAAGCACAGAGAACAUAGAAGCUACUGAAAAUGAUGGAGAUGGAGAAGAAACACAUCCUGGAAUUCGUUCUCAUAGGAAAAUGUUUGAAUGUGAUGUAUGUAAUAUGCAAUUUUCCAAUGGAGCUAACAUGAGACGACAUAAGAUGAGACACACUGGUGUGAAACCAUAUGAAUGUCGUGUAUGCCAAAAAAGAUUUUUUCGCAAGGAUCACUUGGCAGAACAUUUUACAACACAUUCUAAAACUUUGCCAUAUCAUUGUCCAAUUUGUAAUCGAGGAUUUCAAAGACAAAUUGCUAUGAGAGCUCAUUUUCAAAAUGAACAUGUUGGCCAACAUGAUAUGGUUAAAUCUUGUCCUUUAUGCAAUUAUCGUGCAGCAACUAUGAAGUGCCUCAGGUUACAUUUUUUUAAUAGACAUGGAAUAGAUCUAGAUAACCCAGGACCAAAUAGUUCAAGUUCAUUGAUGAAUAGCUGUGCUCCAGGCGAAGCUAUGCCUUCAGCUCCUCUUUCAGAUAGCGGAGACAGUACUGGAAAUCGCUCUGCAGAUAAUGCGACUCCGCCAAUGCAUUUUUUAACACCUCAUAUAGAGAUAUCAAUUCCUUAUCCUGAACAAAUUGCAAGUCAACGAAAUCCAAGUCCUGCUCCUUUAAAUGGAGAUAGCCCAAACAGUCCACAAAGUGCAGACAGUAACAGUAAUGCUCCAAGUAGUAGUCAUCAUCAGUUACCAAUUAACAGUAGUGGCAUUCACAGGAAUCUUGGUGGCAGUGAAGAAGCAAUUACACCUUCUAUUUCAUUAAUUCCUAUUAAACAAGAACUAAAUAGUAAUGGAACAGAAGAAAAUGGAGCAACAUCUAGCAAUCUUCCAUUACCAUCUUUAAUAAAGGUCUCGCCAUUAAAAUCUCUUCUUCGAGAUGAUUUACGACGUAAACUUUCAUCUGGUUCAGGAAAUAAUAACAAUAACAACAACAAUAAUGGUAAUAAUAGCUCAAAUUCAAAUCCACAUUCAAGAGGAGAACCUCCUAGUUCAACAAGGCCCGAUCAACGAAGUAAUGGACUUCAAUGCGCUCAUUGUAGAAUUACCUUUCCUGAUCAAACAUUAUAUUUUCUUCACAAAGGUUGUCAUAGUGAAAGCAAUCCCUGGAAAUGUAAUAUUUGUGGAGAACAAUGUUGCAAUUUAUAUCAAUUCAAUUCGCAUUUAUUAAGCAAAAGUCACCAAUAAUUAUUGAAAGAAUAUUAUUCUUAGAACUUUGUUUAUUUAAAUAGUUAAUAUAAAUUAUUUUAUUAUAAUUUAUAUAAGAAAAAUUAUAAUUUUGUAUCAAAGAGUAUUAUGUUUUAUGGUACAAAAUAUAAAUUAAAAUUUGAAAAUUAUACAUAAUAAUAUUCAAAAUUAAUAAUUCUAUUUAUUUAUAAAUAUAGACAUUAAUAAACGAGGUUCAAGGAAUAAUACUUUGCUAUUUGGAAAAAGUCGUGCCUUCAUCAAAAAACCUUUGCCAACGCUCACAUUCGUCCGAACCGUGCUAAUUUAUGAUGGUACGAAUGAUCCGUCCAUGGGGCUUUAUUAAAUCAUAUUCCAAAAGCUCUAUUGAUAGUUUUUAAUCUAAUUAUAUAUAGUUUUAGAUAGAAAAAAAAACAGUGAAUAUCGUUGUGCUCUUUUUUUAUUCAAAUUCUUUUUAUGCACUGUUUUUUAUUUAGUUUUUUGUAAAAAAUUAUUUGUUAAAUUUUAUUAAUUUUAUAUUUAAAUAUAUAAAUAUAUAUAUAAAUAUAUAUAUAUAUAUAUAUUUUACUUAAUCAUAUUAAAAUAAGAAUAUCAUUAUUAAGGAAUUGUUUUGAUUAUUCGUAUAUUCCAAAAAUUUACGAAUAAUCAAACAAAAUUACUUAAAAAUUAAAUUUUAAUCAUUGAUUUAUUAUUAUAGCGUGAAAAAACCGAGCCGUGUAUAACAUUGCAUAUAAAUACAAAUACAAAUAGGAAAAAGAGAUGAUAGUAAAGUGUUAUUUCAGGAUAAGAAAUAUUUUAUAUAAAGAUAUUUGUACAGAAAAGAAGUAAAAUAUUAAAAUGUAUGCAAAUAAAGAGAUCAAGAUAUCAUAUUUCAAAAAUUAAUAUUAAUAUUAGAAUAAAUUAUAAUAAUGUGAUUGUUAAAAUUAAAUUUUACACAAAUUUAAGAAAAUAUAAUUAAAAAGAAAAUUUAAUAAAAAUAUAUAAAAUUAAAAAAAAAUAAAAAUAUAUAAAAUUAAAGAAUUAAGUAAAUAUCCAAAAAUUAAAUAAAUAUCUAUUUAGUUAUAAAUUUAUUUCAAUAAUAGUUCAAAAAUAUGAUUUCCAGAUUCUAUAAGUGUUUUAUGUAUGUAUGUAUGUAUGUAUGUAUGUAUGUAUUAAAACAGAGUAUUCAUUUAUUGCAUAAAUUUUGUGUUGUUAUUUUUUAAUGUAAUAUAACCAAAUUUCAAAUCAAAGUCAUUAAAAAUUUAUAAUAAAUAUUAUUUUGAAAAAACGAAUAUAAUAAAUGAUAAUAGAAUUUAUUAAAUUGGGUACUCUGUACAUAUGUUAUAUUAAACAAGUACAUUAAGAGCGAUACGCACGAAUAUUGUUGUCAAUGGUUGUAGUUAUUUAAAAGUCGUUCCGUAAAUUGUAAUAUUUAAUAUCAUUAUUAUUAUGUUGUUAUUAUUAUUAUUAUUAUUAUUGUUAUUAUUAUUAUUAUCAUCAUCAUCAUCAUCAUCAUCAUCAUCAUCAUCAUCAUCAUCAUCAUCAUCAUCAUCAUCAUCAUCAUUAUUGUUAUUAUCAUUAUCAUCAUCAUCAUCAUUAUCAUUACUAUUACUACCACUACUAUUAUACUACUAUUAUUAUCAUAUUAUCACAAUUACUACUACUACUAUCACUAGCACUAUCGCUACCACUACCACUACCGCUACUAUUACCACUACCACUAUCACUAUCACUACCAUUAUCACUACCAUUGCCACUACCACUACCAUUACCACUACCACUACCACUACCACUACCACUAAUACUACUACUAUUACUACUACUACUGCUACUAUUGCUAUUACUACUACUAUUACUAUCAUUACUACUACUGCUAUUACUGCUAUUACUACUACUACUGCUACUGCUAUUGCUGCUACUACUACUACUAUUACUACUAUUACUACUACUACUACUACUACUAUUAUUAUUACUGCUAUUGCUAUUAUUACCACUACUGUUAUUAUUAUUAAUAACUAUCAUUACUACUACCAUUAUCAUUAUUAAUUAUCAUUACUCUUAUUAGUAUUACUAUUACUAUUACUACUAUUACUACUACUACUACUAGUACUAUUAUUAUUAUUUUAUUAUUAUUAUUAUUGUUGUUAUUAUUAUUAUUAUUAUUAUUAUUAUUAUUAUUGUUGUUGUUGUUAUUAUUAUUAUUAUUAUUAUUAUUAUUAUUAUUAUUAUUAUUAUUAUUAUUAUUAUUAUUAUUAUUAUUAUUAUUAUUAAUAUUAUUAUUGUUAUUAUCCUUAUUAUUGUAUUAUUUAUCCAUACAUAAGUUAUUUAUUGUUAUUCUGCAUUCCAAUUUACUAACAAGGGGAACCUCAGGUUUGAUUAUCACCAAUUUUAAUUGAAUUUAGCACAUUAAUAGUCUAUAUGUACAACAAUCAUAACCAUAAUUUUAAUUGCAAAUAACCAGCCACUUAUAAAUAAAAUGCAUAUAAUAUUUGGAA